AUGACUCUAACCUUUUCAACUCAGGUGUUUGCAGCGCUGCAAAUAGAUUUUCCUCAUCAUAGAAACAAGGUAAUUCACGACAAUGCUCAGAAUAACCUUUUUGCUAUUACUACAUUUAUCAAAGCCUAUUUAAGAGAGCAAGAUUCCCUGCACACCGCAAAAAUCAAUCCUAAUGUUUCAUAUAAUGCGGGUUGGUUCCCACCCCCUAUGGAUGUCAUGGAAGUCAAUUUUGAUGCUGUAUUUGAUAAGAAUAAUUUUAUGUCAGCGACUGGAAUUGUUAUAAGGAAUCACAAAGGAAUAUUAAUAGCUGCUGGAUCUUACCUGAACCUACUAAAAAUUUCCGAUCCAUGUGUAGCAGAGGCAACAGCAUGUGAACAGGCCAUCAAGCUAGCACGGGAGUUGAACUUCAGGAAGGUGAUUAUUGAAGGGGACUCUCUAACUGUGAUACGGAAGCUCCAAACCCCUAUACAGAACCGUUCUUUGAUCAUCAUGAUUAUUAAGAAUGUGAUAACGAAGUGUAAGGACUUUACUGAUUAUUCUUUUAGACAUGCAGCUAGAGCUUCCUCCCCCGUUGAUCGAAGUAGCUAUCGCGAAAGACAGAUGGUGGGUUGA